GCGCCCGCCAUGUCGGUGAAGUUCGAGAAGGAGACGGUCAAGACGACGUCCGAGGCCAUGGCGAACGCGGCCGGCGUCGCGGCCAAGGGCAAGGGCAAGGACGACCUGCUGCACGACGUCGGCGAGGCCCUCACCAAGGGCGGCGGCGUCAACGGAUACCUCGCGGCCUAUCUCAAGCAGCUGCAGGAGAACCCGCUGCGCACCAAAAUGCUCACGUCCGGCACCCUGUCCGGCCUGCAGGAGUUCCUCGCUUCGUGGAUCGCGCAUGAUCGGAGCAAGCACGGCCACUACUUCACGUCUCGAGUCCCCAAGAUGGCCCUCUACGGCGCCUUCAUUAGCGCCCCGCUCGGCCACUUCCUCAUCAGCAUUCUGCAGAAGGUCUUCCGUGGACGGAAAAGCCUCAAGGCCAAGAUCAUGCAGAUCCUCGUUAGCAACCUCAUUAUCUCGCCCAUCCAGAACUCCAUUUACCUCGUUUCCAUGGCCGUCAUUGCGGGCGCGCGCACUUUCCACCAGGUGCGCGCGACAGUCAAGGCUGGUUUCAUGCCCGUCAUGAAGGUCAGCUGGAUCGUCUCCCCCAUCUCGCUGGCUUUUGCCCAGCAGUUCCUGCCCGAGCACACGUGGGUGCCCUUCUUCAACAUCAUCGGCUUCAUCAUCGGCACAUAUAUCAAUGCGCACACCAAGAAGAAGAGGCUUGCGGCGCUGAGGCGGAAGCACUACGGCGAUGGCAGUGGGAGGAGCCAAGCGGGUGGAAGGCCAGGUGACGAGUACCCGCGACGGGACUAUUAGACAGCGAAGCAUCAGCGACGAGACCCUGACUAUUUUCAAUAAAUCACAGCAUGCGUCAAGUAUGCUUGACGUGGGCUCAACACUGACGAUCAGGCACCAUUUGACCUGUCUUCCCCACGGGAAUGACAAACGUAAGAGACGGGAGCGAGCGGACAUUCUGGCGCGCAUUCUGCACCUAGAACGCGCAUCGUCACCUAGCACCACAGCGGUGCUGCGCCACCAGUGACGACUUGUAUAUUUCUUGCGUUCUGAUCCGAUAAUCUGGAGGCUACCCUAUUGUUUAUCCUGGCCUUGCGAAAUACAUAUCCUAUCUUGCAC